GACUGGGGGGUUCCCAGUCCGGUACUGGGAGGGGGCGUGGCCCGGGACCCUCCCCAGUCCGUUACUGGUCCCUUACUGGUCCGGUACUGGUGUAACUGGGAGGGGGCGUGGCCCGGGACCCUCCCCAGUCCGUUACUGGUCCGGUACUGGUGUACCUGGCCCGGUACUGGUGUAACUGGGAGGGGGCGUGGCCCGGGCCCGCCCCCGGUGACGUCACGCGCUAUAAAUAGCCGCGCCGGGCCCGCGCGGGGGGAGCCGCAGCUCCCAGUCAGGUGCGGCCGCGAUGGCGCCGAUCACGGCGGGAGCAGAGCCGGUGACGGAGCGGGAGAGGUUCGAGUACGAUUACGACUCUCUGCGCCUCGGGGGUCUCAUUGUGGCCGGGAUCUUCUUCGUGCUCGGGAUCCUCCUCAUCCUCAGCCGCCACUGCCGCUGCAAGUUCGACCAACAGCCCAAGACGGGGGAGCCGGACGAGUCCGAGGGGCCCCUGCGGCAAUCGAUGCGGCGUCUCUCCACCCGCCUGAGAUGAAAUUUGGGAAUUUUGGGCCCCCCAGGACCCCAAAUUUUGGGACGCGGCCGGACGGAGCCUCCCCCUCCCCAAGGAUCAAAAAAAAUCCCAAAAAAUCCCAAAAUCCCAAAUUCUGACCCCAAACGUCCCCCAAAUCCCCACCCCAAAAAUCCCAAAAAAUCCCAAAAUCCCAAAUCCUGACCCCAAAACCCCAAAAAUCCCCCCAAAAAUCCCCAAAUCCCCCCAAAAUUCCAAAUCCACACCCCAAAAACCCCCAGGAAACCCCAAAAUCCCCCAAAUCCCCCAAAUCCCAAAUCCGACCCCAAUAAAUUCGGUUCCUGUUCUGCG